AUUUUUGUAUUUUGCAUCCAUUUCCUCCGACAUUUUUAGACAUUUUCACACAAUUCCCCGCGAAAAAUCGCCCGUAAAAGUGGUCAAAUGCCAGCGUUGCGAGUGCCGUGACACGAGACAAGUGGAGAUUAUGCACUAAAAGCACGGCAAAUGCGGUAAAAGUUGCAUCAACAAAAAUUCGAAUGCACAAAAAUACACAAAAAUGUCGACCAUAUAAUUGGCUGGCAGUGGUAGAGAACGGACGAAAUUUUGUUUCAUGCACUUCGAUGGAGCAAUUAUUUCGCAAAAUGCAUGGAACUUCGGCGUGAAAUAACGAAAAAUUAGAGGAAAAAGUGUUCAAAAAGUGUAAAUGAGAAAUAUUUUAAUCAGAAAAAAAAGUGAAAAACGCUCAAACGAACCAUGAAUAAAAAUCACAAUAGAAAUGGUGCUCAAAAAAUACGAAUCACAGGUUAUUUUAUGUGCUCGAAAUCUUGUACGAAAAGAUUUGUUUCGAAUGCCCGAUCCCUUUGCAAAAAUAUCCGUUGACGGUACGGGCCAAGUAUAUUCAACAGAAAUUUGCAAAGCAUCCUUAGAUCCCAAGUGGAAUACACAUUACGACUUGUACAUUGGUACGGGAGAUGCCAUAACGAUUUCCGUGUGGAAUCAACGAAAGCUGCAUAAGAAGCAUGGGAGUGCGUUUCUCGGGUGUGUUCGCAUCUCCUCCAGCUCGAUACAGAGACUCAAGGAUACUGGAUAUCAACGGCUUGACCUCUGUAAAGCCGCGCAAGAUGAUCCCGAACCGAUCAAGGGUCAAAUAGUCAUUUCGCUGAUGAGUCGGGAAGGCACUUCGACGACGGGCGCCGGUAGAUUAGCGAUUGUUGGACCUGCCGGAGACGUUCGAGGUCCCGAUAACGAAGAAGACGAGCCGAAUCAAGAUCUCCCCGAGGGUUGGGAAGAGAGAAAAACUCCAAAUGGUCGCGUUUAUUACGUGAAUCACGUGAUGAAGACCACGCAGUGGAAUCGACCUGUUCGACCAGCGAUCGAGAGUCAAACGAAUGGCGAUGCGGAUGUUUUAUCGGGUCCCUCACGAUCGAGUACUUGCAUGAACAUCUCGGAAAAUGCGGAAAAUUGCGAUGUGACUCCGCGAAGAUCUUCAGAACCGGCUGUGGGCACAACAAAUGGAAGCACAGAAGAGAACGGAGACAUAACGAGAAACUUGGUAAAAGCAAAAAGUCCGAUUAGGAAAGAUUCUGCUGUUAGUUCGACAACAAGUACGAGUCCCACAGUCGAAACAAUUUUGGAAAACGGUUCGGCAAGUCAACUAUCGCCGAGGAAUUCAGUGAUUCAAAGAGAGCAACAAGUAAAAACACCACCAAUUAACGCACAACAAAGCACGGCAACGGCACAAUCACCGAGCAUCACUCAACAAAGCGACAUCGUUAGUAGUAAUUUAAGCACAACACUGAAUCAGUUAACAAUAACAAACAAUACCGAUAAUACGACGACGACGACGACAACGACAACAGGUCUUAACGGAACGAGACAAGCAGCAGCAGCACCAACACAAUCAAAUAAUAAUCACGUGAAUGCAAUCGCGAACAAUAAUCAACAUCCGACCCCAGUGAAUAGCAGCAGUGAGAACGGAGGCGUCGUUAAUAAUUCUGUGAUGAACAAUAACGGAGUGGUCAGUCCGAGCAUUCCGGGUGUGAAAGUUUUAAGCAAUAACAAUGGCGCGAGUCCCGCAACGCCUGUUACGUCGAAUGGCGAGACUGCAAGUUCGCGUUCCAAUGGAGACGUUCAACGCACUCGUCGCUCAUCUCGAAACCUAGAAGACUCAUCGCGUCGCUCACAUCGAUCUGGUAGAACGCCCCGCGCCGGCAUCAUAAGUUCUCGUUCAAAUGGUGCAAUUCGCCCUGCUGUCGGUCUACCGCCUGGCUACGAAAUGCGCACGACGCAACAAGGUCAAGUCUAUUUCUAUCACAUUCAGAGCGGCGUCUCAACGUGGCACGAUCCCCGAAUACCCCGCGACUUGGAUACGCAAUCAAUUCCAACGGAUCAACUGGGUCCCCUGCCAGCAGGAUGGGAACAACGAAAAACCGCCUCGGGUCGAAUCUACUUUGUCGAUCACAACAAUCGAACGACGCAGUUCACAGAUCCCCGAUUAAAUCCACAAGUUCUUGGAAUCCUGAAACGCUCCAUGGGUCAAGUGGCGAAUUUGAAUGGGGCAGCUGCGGGCGCUACAUCAUCUGGCGCCGGACCCCAAUCUGUCGUUACGCCCACACGAAACGGCGUGGAAGCAUCUGCCGCUCGCAGUACAACGACCUCGACUGAAACACCUUCGCGUACCGCGAGCAUCGCAACGCCAAACGUGACACCGAAUGCCGGUCCAGCUGACAUGCCGAUCGGUUUGCUGGAUGGCGCGGAAAUUUUACCAAAGUAUCGACGUGAUUUAGUGGCGAAAAUGCGAUCGCUACGCACGGAAUUGCAGCAAUUGCAACCGCAGUCUGGACACUGUCGUCUCGAGGUGUCGCGCGACGAAAUUUUCGAAGAGAGUUACAGACUGAUAAUGAAGAUGCGACCCAAAGAUAUGCGAAAACGACUUAUGGUCAAGUUCAAGGGCGAAGAGGGACUCGAUUAUGGGGGCGUGGCACGUGAAUGGCUCCAUUUACUAUCGCGCGAAAUGCUGAAUCCGCAAUACGGAUUGUUCCAAUAUAGUCGCGAGGGGCAAUAUAUGUUGCAAAUUAACCCGGAUUCGGGCAUCAAUCCCGAUCAUUUGUCGUAUUUCCAUUUUGUUGGACGCAUCUUGGGCAUCGCAGUAUUUCACGGACAUUGUCUCGAUGGCGGAUUCACAAUGCCUUUCUACAAACAGCUGUUAAAUAAACCAAUUACGCUGAACGAUAUUGAAGAUGUCGACCCCGAACUGCAUCGAAGUUUGACAUGGAUGCUGGAAAAUAACAUAAAUGGCAUCAUCGAAUCGACAUUCAGUGUAGAAAAUAACAGUUUUGGUGUGAUAAAAGUGCAUGAAUUGAAACCAAAUGGCGCUCAAUUGGCUGUAACGGAAGAAAAUAAACGAGAAUAUGUCAAACUUUACGUGAAUUAUCGUUUCAUGCGAGGCAUUGAGCAACAAUUCUUGGCUUUACAGAAAGGAUUUUGUGAACUCAUCCCGAGCCAACUUCUGCGACCAUUCGAUGAACGUGAACUCGAACUCGUGAUCGGAGGCAUCAGCAGUAUUGACGUGACAGACUGGCGAUCAAAUACGAGACUAAAACAAUGCACGCCCGAUACGCAACAAGUGAAAUGGUUCUGGCAGAUCGUCGAUUCAUAUUCCAGCGAGAUGCGUGCUCGCUUAUUGCAAUUCGUCACGGGAUCAUCUCGUGUUCCCUUGCAGGGCUUCAGAGCGUUACAAGGCUCCACAGGUGCCGUAGGACCGCGUCCCUUCACCAUUCACUUGACAGCCGAUGUGCCUAUACAAAAUCUACCGAAAGCACAUACCUGCUUUAAUCGUAUCGAUUUACCACCCUACGACUCAUAUCAAACAAUGUAUGACAAAUUGACGCAAGCUGUCGAAGAAACGUGUGGAUUUGCUGUAGAAUAAAUUUCAAACAUUUUUUUAAUA